AUGAGCUCCCAGGUCUGCAAAGACUUCCUACAAGGGAAUUGCCGAUAUGGCGCGAGCUGCAAGUUCUUCCAUCCUCCAAGAACAGCAGCUGGGGCAGCUGGCGCGAGGGCUCUUGGAUCCAAUGCCAACACCAUUCCACUGGGCAGUGCAGGAGCGGCAAGUAGCUCAGCACGAUCGGUCUCGGGGAACCAGGGCCCCGUUGUAGUCCCUCUCAAGUACCAAUUCAAUGAGGAUACCAUCAAGCUCGAACUUGCCAAAGAGAGACCGGAGUACAUACUGUCGUCUUUUGCGGCGGCAAAGCACGAGCCAAAUCUCAUCUUCGGGCAUGAUCUCUGCCCAGAUGAGCUGCGGUGGAAGUACUAUCAGGCCAAGGAGCAGGGCAAGGUCCAGGACUACAUGCAAGAAGAAAAGACUCUCUUCCGGGCCGCCCAGGAGGUCCUCGCGUCCGCCCUAUCGGACGUAAAGAAAACCACCCAGCUGGCUGAAGCGCUCCAUGACGCUCGGUACCCUACGCCUGAAUCCCUCAAUCAGGACCGGCCAAAAGACUUCAGCGAAGCUGCUGUCCUCGCUCGGUUCUCUGGUGCUCGGCCAGGCGGAUCUGGGGCAUCCGCUCGCUCCUUCUCGGGCUCGAGCGGCGUCAGCGGCGGACGAGGCGGAGCAGGGUUCGGCCAAUCCGCCUUCGGAACAGGAGCCAACUCCAUCCCUGCCACUCGCGCUUUCGGCCAAGCAGCACCAGCAGCUGCGUCGGCUUUCGGCGCCAGACCUGCUGCGUCAGCAUUCGGCUCCUCCGGAUUCGGCGGCGCCUCGACAACAGCGACGCCGGCCACAGGCUCAGCAUUCGGCGCAUCCGCCUUUGGCUCCAACUCCGCAUCCAACGGCCGUGCAGGCCCAGUGUCGGGAACGAACUCGGUUCCACUCGCUGGUCCCAGCCGCUUCGGCGCAUCGGCAUUCGGUCAAUCCGCUACCACCACACCUGCGGCGGGCUCUGCAUUUGGCUCGUCUGGUUUCGGUGCGGCAGCCAGACCAGCGGGAACGGCUGGCGGAUUCGGGGCAGCUGCGUCGACUACAGGGGCGGCUUUCGGUGCUGCCGCCGGCGCGACGGGCGAAGGUUUCGGAGGCUCAGCUUUCGGCGCGUCCACAACCACUCCAGCCGCUGGAUCAGCUUUCGGUCAAUCCGGUUUCGGCCAAUCCUCCACCCCAGCUCCGACGAGCGGAUUCGGCUCCACUCCGCCAACGGGUCCAUCCGGAUUCGGCCAAUCUGCUUUCGGCCAGCCAUCAGCACCUACAGGCCCAUCAGCCGGGCGGAGCGCUUUCGGAUCGGCGUCGGCGUUCGGAUCCGGCUUGAAUUCCACUUCUGUUGGAGGCGGGACCGGCGGAGGGUUUGGGCAGUCCGCCUUUAGUGCUGGCGGGAGCACAACGGGAUCGAGCGGGAGUUCCGCGACGGUCCGACCAGGUGGAUUCGGCGCGUCCGCCUUUGGGUCUAGCGCAGCACCCUCCGGCGGAUUCGGGGCAGCAGCUCGCUCGACCUCCGGAUCAGGCGCUGGGGCAUUUGGCGGCGGCGGCGGCGGCGGAAGCGGAGGCGGGUUCGGCGCCUUCUCUCCCGCGAGAGCGCCGGGGAGCUGCAGCAAUUCUGUACCCCUGGGCAAUGCGCGGACAUUUGGGCAGCCCGCUCAACCUGCUCAGGCGGGGUCUGGCUUCGGAUCGUCUGCAUUCGGGUCCAACUCCGGCUUUGGAGCAGCCGCGAACGCGCCCAGCCCAUCCGGCGGUGGAGCUCUUCCUCCUUUUACUCCGGUCGCUCCUGCCGGAUCAGCCUUCGGAGGGACAGGCUUCGGAGGUGGAGGGGGCGGAUUUGGCGGCGGAGUGGGAGGCGGAGGGGGAGGAGCGUUUGGUGCCGGAUCCGGCUUUGGGGGCGGCGGUACCGGCUUCAAUCCCAACAAUCGAUAUACGACCGCCAACUCUACCACCUUUGGCGAAGCCCACCCUCAAUCCCAACAAUCCCAACAGUCCCACUACCCACAGUCGCAACAACAACAACAGCAAUACACCGGCUCGACACCCCCACCCGCCUUCACCUCUUCGCCCGUCCACUAUCCCCUCCCCUUAUUCGCAGAAGGCGUCGUCAUUCCAGAUGGAUGGAACUACGAGGAUCCGUGGUCUGCUUAUCUUCCGUCCGUGGGUGUCAACCCGCCCGCAUAUGAGAAGGGCGGAUGGGGCAAGAGUGUGGAGGAAGGUGGAUGGGGGCCGGGGGCGAUGGGCGGGGCGGAGAGUCCGAGCGAUGGUUCGAGGGCUUUGCCCGAAGAUGGAGGAGGUGGGAACAAGGACAAGGAGAAAGAAGGGAGGUUGGAGGAGAAGGAUGUGGUUAGGUUUAGAGGGGCGAGUUGGGGGUUGGGGGAGAUACCGCCUUGGCCGGCUUGCGCCGAGUUGCGGACGUAA